AUGGCUGCCAACUACUGGGUGUCGACCCAGCGUCGACAUUGGUUGUUCACCCGAGAGCGCCUGGCAGAUAUCCGAGAGGGGUUCAAGGAGCGAGAUAAAGUCGCCCAUUCUCAGUUUCCUUUGCCGGAUCAAAGGUUACUCAACAUCUACUUCAGUCAACAGCUCAUCAAGCUUGGAAAGAGAACCACCACCAGACAGCAGGCUCUGGCUACCGCUCAAGUAUAUAUCAAGCGGUUCUACACCAAAAAUGACAUCCGACACACGAAUCCGUACCUGGUAAUCACCACUGCGUUCUACCUCGCCUGCAAAAUGGAAGAAUGCCCCCAGCACAUCCGCUUUGUCGUCGCUGAGGCUCGCAGCUUCUGGCCCGAGUUCAUCGCCCCAGACGUCUCCAAGCUGGGAGAAUGCGAGUUCGCGCUGAUCUCAGAGAUGAACUCGCAGCUCAUCGUGCAUCAUCCGUACCGGACGCUGUCGGAGCUCACGCCGGAAUUACAACUCACUUCGGACGAGGUGGCGCUCGCCUGGUCUGUCAUCAACGACCACUAUCUCACCGACCUGCCGCUGCUAUACCCGCCCCACGUCAUCGCUGUCAUGGCCAUCAUCGUGGCCGUGGUCUUCAAGCCCAGCCAGACCAGCUUCCACGGGUCUGCUGGCCCGGCGUUGGCCGGGGCCAUGCGCGACGGGGGCGUAAACCUCCUCGCCGCGUUGGGGGACAAGAACGGCAACGGGCCGCCCCGGAUCCAGAAGCUAGUUGGGUGGCUUGCAGAGAGCGAGGUCGACAUCAAGGCUGUUAUCGAAUGCACACAGGAGCUGGUAUCGCUGUAUGAGAUAUGGGAGCAGUAUAGCGAGAAGCAUUGCAAGGAAUUGCUUGGGCGGAUGGUCAAGAGUAAGAACCUGGACAAAUGA